AUGCCAGCAAACUGGGAGGACACAGACGUUGACUCCGCCCCCCUGAAGUGGGAGGACACGCCCCCUUCACCCUCCCCCACCGCCGAGCACGAGGAAGUUAAAGCUGCUUCUUUCCCAGCGAGCCCCUCCCCCACCUACCAGAGCUCAGCACUGACCACACCAAAGCCCAAAGCCCACCAGCUGAGCAUCAGGAGCUUCUCCAGUCCCACUCAGUGCACACACUGCACCUCUCUGAUGGUGGGCCUCCUCCGACAGGGGUACGCCUGUGAAGUGUGCUCCUUCGUCUGCCACGCGUCCUGCAGAGACCACGCCCCCCUGGUCUGUCCAAUCCCAGCAGAGCACGCCAAGAGGCCGCAAGGCAUCGACGUUCUGAGAGGGAUCGGCACCGCCUACAAGGGCUACGUCAGGAUCCCGAAGCCCAGCGGCGUGAGGAAGGGCUGGCAGCGAGCCUUCGCCGUGGUCUCUGACUGUAAGCUGUUCCUCUUCGACGUUCCAGAGGGGAAGUCCACCCAGCCGGGCCCGGGGGCCAGCCUGGUGCUGGAUCUCAGAGAAGAGGAGUUCUCCGUCAGCUCUGUUUUGGCAUCGGAUGUGAUCCACGCCACCAGGAAGGACGUGCCCUGCAUCUUCAGGGUGACGGCGGCCCGGCGGCUGCCGCAGCAGGCGGCGGUGUCUCUGCUGGUGCUGGCGGAGAGCGAGGUGGAGAAGAGGAAGUGGGUCCGGAUCCUCGAGGGUCUGCAGAACCUUCUGACCAAGAACCACCUGAAGAACCAGAACCCUCAGGUCCAGGUCCUGCAGGAGGCCUACGACGCCUCGCUGCCCCUCAUCAAGACCACGCUGUCCGCCGCUGUGCUCGACCGGGAGCGGAUCGCCCUGGGAACCGAGGACGGCCUCUUUGUGGUGGAGGUCACCAGAGACGUGAUCGUGCGAGCCGCUGACAGUAAGAAGGUCCAUCAGAUCGUUUUAAUCCCCAAGGAGAAGAUCUUGGCUCUGCUGUGCGGUCGCAGCCGUCAUGUCCACCUCCACCACUGGGGGGCGCUGGAGGGCGCCGAGUCGCCCUUUGACAUCAAGCUGCCGGAGACCAAAGGCUGCCAGGCCCUGACCGCGGGGGAGCUCCGGCCCGGAGGCCCCGCCUGCCUGCUCGCCGCCGUCAAGCGCCAGGUCUUGUGCUACGAGAUCAGCGGAGCGAAGCCCCCCCACAGGAAGCUGUGGGAGGUGCAGGCGCCGGGCGCGGUGCAGUGGCUGGGCGUGCUGCGCGGCCGGCUGUGUGUGGGCUACCCGGCCGGCUUCGCCCUGCUGGCGCUGCGGGCCGAGUCGUCGCCCGUCAGCCUGGUGAGCCCGGCCGACGCCACGCUGGCCUUCCUGGCCCAGCAGCCGCCGCAGGACGCGCUGCACGCCAUGGAGGCGGGGCCCGGGGAGCUGCUGCUCGUCUUCAGCCAGCUCGGCCUCUACGUGGACGGCCAGGGCCGCCGGGCCCGGGCCCGGGAGCUGAUGUGGCCCGCGGCGCCGCUCGCCUGCAGCUCCAACUCGACCCACCUGACGCUCUACAGCGAGUACGGACUGGACGUCUUCGAUGUCGCCACCGCGGAGUGGGUCCAGACCGUCUCCCUCCGCAAGAUCAGACCUCUGAACGUUGAGGGGACGUUGAACCUGCUGAGCUCAGAGCCGCCGCGUCUGGUCUACUUCAGCAACACCUGGUCAGAGGGAGGCCUCACCAUCCCAGAGACGUCGGACCAGAGCAGGAAGUUGAUGGUCCGAACGCGCAGCAAGAGGAAGUUCCUGUUCAAGGUCCCCGAGGAGGAGCGUCUGCAGCAGAGGAGGGAGAUGCUCAGGGAUCCAGAGCUCCGGUCUAAAAUGAUUUCUAAUCCCACAAACUUCAACCACGUGGCCCACAUGGGACCCGGAGACGGGCUGCAGGUCCUCAUGGACCUCCCUCUGAGUGUGAUGUCUUCUCAAGAUGACCCAGUAAAAGAUAAGCCCCGCCCACUGUCCAGUAUCUCCCGGCAACAGAGGAGCAAGACACACAUCACACGGACAGCCUCAGAUUUUGGGGGAGGAGCUUCAUCUCACAGCAUCUCUGAACCUGAACAUGACCUGGACCGAGAACUGGACUCGGACUCCACCAAACACUCGACCCCCUCCAACAGCUCAAACCCCAGCGGCCCCCCCAGCCCCAACUCCCCCCACCGCAGCCAGCUCACCUUGGACGGGCUGGAAAUGGAUCCCUGAGGCCCCGCCCAUAUGUCAGGAGGAGGGGCUUAAUAAACCAAUCAGGCUGCAGAGUUUAGAUUUUAUUUGAUGAUUUUAUUGUGCAGGGUGAGUCUGAGCUUCCAGCUGCUUUUAUUUGUUGGAUUUUACCUGCUGGGAAGCCCCGCCCCCUGGUUCCAACCCUGCUGACGGCUGCUUUGUUUGACCUUUGACCCUUCUUCUAAGUGGCUCUGUGGGACCAAUCGCCUCCUUCUUUAUUAAAUAACUUGCUGAUAUGCUUUAGCAGGAUGUUAGCUUCCGAGCUAACAUUGACGGAGGUCUCACUCUGAUGAAAAAACACUGUAUGAAUUCAAUUAAAACGUUUUGUUAAAUUGCA